AUGUGGCAGAACGGGACACUGGACGAUCUCCUAAGUAAGGCAAGAACAUUGCAGCAGAGACUAAAAUUUACAGGAGACGGAAAGCAAGUCACAAGGAAUGCUGCCAGAAAGGUUGGUAACAAGAUGAGCAUGAGAAAAGUGUCCUUGGUGGUAAGAUCUCUGUCACAGGAAUCCUCCGGUGUGUCAGUAGAACCAGUGCCAGUAGAACCAGUGUCAGUAGAACCAGUGUCAGUUGAACCAGUGCCAGUAGAACCAGUGCCAGUAGAACCAGUGUCAGUUGAACCAGUGCCAGUAGAACCAGUGUCAGUAGAACCAGUGUCAGUUGAACCAGUGCCAGUAGAACCAGUGCCAAUAGAACCAGUGUCAGUAGAACCAGUGCCAAUAGAACCAGUGCCAGUAGAACCAGUGCCAAUAAAACCAGUGCCAGUUGAACCAGUGUCAGUUGAACCAGUGUCAGUUGAACCAGUGUCAGUUGAACCAGUGCCAGUAGAACCAGUGCCAGUAGAACCAGUGCCAGUUGAACCAGUGUCAGUUGAACCAGUGUCAGUUGAACCAGUGACAGUAAAACAAGUGUCAGUUGAACCAGUGUCAGCUGAACCAGUGUCAGCUGAACCAGUGUCAGUUGAAUCAGUGACAGUAGAACCAGUGUCAAUUGAACCAGUGUCACCUGAACCAGUGCCAAUAGAACCAGUGUCACCUAUAGAACGUGUCCCAUCAGAACCAGAGCCAAUAGAACCAGUCCCAUCAGAACCAGAGCCUAUAGAACCUGUCCCAUCAGAACCAGAGCCUAUAGAACCUGUCCCAUCAGAACCAGAGCCAAUAGAUCCAGUCCCAUCAGAACCAGAGCCUAUAGAACCUGUCCCAUCAGAACCAGAGCCAAUAGAACCUGUCCCAUCAGAACCAGAGCCAGAACCUAGAAGAAGAGCCAAUAGAACCUGUCCCAUCAGAAGAAGGCCAAUAGAACCUGUCCCAUCAGAACCAGAGCCAAUUGAACCUGUCCCAUCAAAACUAGAGCCAAUAGAACCUGUCCCAUCAGAACCAGAGCCAAUAGAACCUGUCCCAUCAGAACCAGAGCCAAUAGAACCUGUCCCAUCAGAACGAGAGUCAAUAGAACCUGUCCCAUCAGAACCAGACCAAUAG